AUGAUCCAGUUACAACAGUCAAAGGAAUGGCUUUUGAAAGGGGUCACUGAAGUUUCCCCUAGCCAGUCACGAGCGGACGGCACCUGCGAAUGGCUGCCUCAACAUCCCGUGUUUUCUGAAUGGCUUUCUGGGCUGAAUCCUAGAGCUCUAUGGAUUGAAGGAUUACCAGGCCGUGGAAAAAGUACAAUGGCUAAUUUCCUCCGACACUAUCUGGAUGAAUCGGGCAGAAGGACAAUAUUCUACGGAUUCCGUCGAUCUGGGUUGGCACCACGAUACACAAUCUUUUCGGCCCUCUUGUCGAUCAUGGCGCAGAUCCUUGGAACGUCUGUGAACAUAGAGCCAUCUAUUUCAGGUCCCGUAACAAAACUCGCCAACCGUUACCCUCGCGGGCCACAAGAAUGUUCCUUUGAAGAGCUCUUAGGCAUAACCCAGCACCUCUUCCAAAAUGAACCAGAUUGCAUUCUGAUCUUAGACGCCCUGGACGAAUGCUUGAACAAGGAUGUUUCUUCUCAAGUUUUCGCCAGAAAAUUUGUUCAGUCUUUGCACAACGUUGUUUCUAUGUCUCGGGGAAGACUUGUUAUCUUUUCCAGACCUGAGCCACACUUUUAUGAUAUUAUGAACUCCGCGCUAGUGAUUCAGCUAUCAUCUGAGUUGUUACUGACUGACAUCAUCAAGUUUUCGAAUUUAGAAUACGAGCAACUAGGUCUGUAUGCCACGGAAAACCUUUCUACCAUGGAUCAUAUCAAAGUACACUCCCAAGGGUCAUUCUGGUGGGCUAAGCUGUUUCUCGAACACCUGGCCAAUGCACCAGAUUUGACUAGCUUCCAUCAGCGGCUUGAUCACCCAAUCCCAUCCGUUGAAGAGUUUUACUCAGCGGCAUUGGAUGAAGCUUCACUUCGGAUGGACGAAGACCUAAAGAAUUGCCAGCAGAACAUCUUCACCAUCACGCUUCAUGCCCAGAGAGUUCUCAGCGUGCUGGAGCUCAGGGAUGCAUUGCAGCUUCCGAAAAAUCGACCUGGCGACAUCAUUUCCCGCAUAUGUCGGCCUCUCAUUUCAGUACAGGGAGACUGUGUUCAGUUCUCUCACCCCUCUGCUAGAGAGUUCAUCGAGUCCAGACAAUCCACUGGAGUUCUAUCACUUGGCCGUUCCGUUUUCCACCCUCACAACUUUAUCGCUGAGAUUUGCAUAAACGUGCUUCAAAGACAAGAAUAUGCAGAGCUGCAAGCGAUUUUGGCUUACUUGACAAGAAACCACGAUCCUUCAGGGUACUCAGCUGAUCCUGUACCCAGUCUCGGCCAAGACCUCUACAGCUAUGCCGCCAAAUAUUGGCAUGAACAUCUUUCCCAGGCCAAACGACCGAGCCACCAAGUCAUCGCUACUGUCAAGAAAUUCUUGCUUAGUUCACAAUUCACCCACUGGUGCGAGUAUAGUACGGCAGCUUUCGGGACAUUAAUAGGGGUCACGGGCCCCCUAGAUCGACUGAAGAUGUGGAAGCAAGAGCUUCCAAGUCGUCAGCAAGCCGAGUUAGACUUGGAGCAUUGCUACAAGUAUUCAUACUUGCAACUAGUGGAAGCCUGUAGACUUUCGACACCAUUGCACCAAUGCCUUGCUCGUAUUAGCCUCUGUUGCCACUACCUGAACUUUGGAUUGAUACGGGAGCAUGAUGAUCUUCUUGCCAUUACUUUAUCUAUAUUGCAGAAGCACUUGCCCCUUACUCACCCAGUCAUUUUGAGGAGCAAAUCUACUAUCGCAUUUUCAUACCUCCGGGACGGUAAAAUGCAAGAAGCUCUGGAUAUCUACUCUGCGCUUGUGCCACUACAGAAGGAAAUCUUCGGGGAGCAGAGCAUACAGUUCAUAAAUGCCCAGCAUUACUGCGGCGAGAGCCACUACUUCAUGGCCAAUUUUGAAGCCUCAUUGGUAGCAUUUCAUUCAACAGUGGAAGGGUUUUUAAAGACGCGGGGUCCCGCUAGCUGGUCAUAUAUCGCUGCUAAGCUAUGGUAUGGGCGGAAUUUGGCACAACUUGGCGAGGUCGAAUCUGCACUGCGGAUAUGGAAGGAUUGCUUGCAGAAACGGCUUGAGGACGAGGGGCCAAACGAUGAAUUCGCUGUCAACAUUCGGAUAGGGUUGGCAGAUUUGCUAAUGUUCGCGGAUCAAUCGAAGCCGGCGUUAUUUCUUCUAGAGGAGAGCCUUCCCGUCGUUCGCGCGUCCCGGUCGCUGAAUGACAUAUCGAGAUUAGACGCAGAAAUUCUUUUAGCCAAGUUACAUCACAAGCUUGGUAUGAGAGACCACGCCCGGAAGAGCGUUGAAGACUUGGAACGAAGCGGGUGUCUUGCAUCCCAUUUUCAGCGAUCUUGUCAGGUGUCACACCUAAAAGGGCUUCUCUUGGCCGCGGAUGGUUCAUAUUCCGAGGCCAGGGAUACGCUGAUGGCGGUCUUGAUUCGAACUGAGCCCGAGCAGAAUAACCUAUGUCUUCUAUGGAUGCGUCUAGAUUUGGCUGAUAUGAUCAGGCGUUGGGGCCCAGAGGAAGACAAGAAUACGGCAGCUGCCCUCUUUGACAACAUCGUCAGAUAUAAAUCACAGCCUCGUGGCCAUCUGAUUUGUGAGGAGCCUGAUUCUCCAAAGCUAUUGGCGGCAGCGGAGGAAGCGCUAAGAUACACAAGAUCCAAACAAUAUGCCAUGGCGGAGGAGGUGCUCGCCUGUGAGAAGGUUGAGUGGGUGCGCCCAAGUGACCUCUGGAUGUGGUAUACAGAACUGGUUUUUAUAUAG